AUGCCGUCGCAAAGUAACCCUGACCCCGAAAGGCCCAAACGCCAACUUCGGCGCUCAGAUGUGUCGGAUGAGGGGCCACGCAAGAAAGCACGACUUCCAUCAAGAGUAGCUGACGUGAAUCGCCCUGUGCGCCGUUACAUUGUCGAGGCCCGUUACACUGAGAGCUGGAUAUUCUCGUAUGUAACCAAUGGCGUCCAAGAGCACUUCAUCCUACGUUGCCCUGUUUCCGGUUGUCCCGAUCGCAGCUUCAGCCAGAACCCAAUUGAGAGUGGUUGUGGGAUCAAUCAUUUGCGGGACCACGGUAUCAAGGUCGCCGACGAAGACGAUCUCGUGCAUAAAUAUGCGCGCCGUAUGAUCAUUCGCGACGAAAGCGAGACUGGGUCCAUUUCAAAGUCUUGGGUGGAGGAACAUAACAAAGCCAUAGGCGAGCCUUAUGACACCGCAGAUGGCGAAGACUGUGACUCCAAGUCUGACGUCGACGAGGACAUCGAUGAGCUGGGUCAGGAUGCGAUUCCCUCGCCAAGGGCUCUCGGCUCAACGAAGUCGGAGUUUGAGAAGACUGGAAUUGCGGAAAUUUCUGUAGUUGAAUAUGGAGAUCUGGGGAACUGA